AGCUGAUACAACAUUCGGGGAAGAUAUCUAGAAUCAAACAGGAAUGAAAAUCAACACGGAUAGAUUACCAAUAUAGCUGAUUUAUAUGGACUAGGAGAGAAUUGUGCAUCAGAAGGCUACUCAAUAUUUCUGUUCAGAAAUGUAUAUUGUUGCUGUUUUUUCCGAAAUGUUUGAGGGAAAGCAAAAUCGAACACCACAAUGGCAAGCACGAUUGAUUAUUGUGUGUGCCCUCUUGUCGCAUAUGGUUCGAUGCCAGGUGCGAUAUUCGAUUCCAGAGGAAAUGGUACGAGGGUCUUUGAUUGGGGAUCUCUCAAAGCAUUUGGGACUAGAUAUCCGAAGACUAAAAUCUGGCCGGGCCCGCAUUGUUAGUGAGGAAAAGGAUUGUGUAGAGCUGAACGCAGACAAAGGGAUUCUGAUCGUCAAACAGCGCAUAGACAGAGAGGAGCUGUGUGGACACGCAUCGCCCUGUAGCUUCAACUUCGAAAUGGUUCUAGAAAAUCCAAUGGAAUUAUUUAGUAUAACUGUGGAAAUACUCGAUAUCAACGAUAAUUCACCUGCCUUUGCGAAUAAGGAAAUUACUCUGAAUAUCAGUGAAGUAGCGUUGCCUGGAGCUCAAUUUAUUUUAGGCAGUGCCGUGGAUCUUGAUGUCGGUUUAAAUGCCCUCCAAAGCUACAGUCUUAAACCUUCGACUCAUUUUACUUUGAAAGAACAAACGUUUGCUGAUGGUGGUAAAUAUGUGGAGAUGGUUUUGCAAAGUCCUUUAGAUAGAGAGGAGGAAUGUGAAAUGUCUCUAACAUUGACAGCUGCCGACGGAGGAAAUCCGCGGAGAACAGGGACUGUGAGCAUAAAAGUGAAUGUUUUGGAUGCCAAUGAUAAUGCUCCGAUUUUUAGUCAAGCAGUAUACAAAGCCUCUGUUUUGGAGAACUCCCCUAAAGGGACUUUAGUUGCAACAGUGAUUGCGACCGACGCAGAUGUGGGCAGUAAUGGUCAGUUAGAAUAUUACAUUGACCAGCUUACACAACAAAAUGCUAUGGUGUUCACACUAAAUCCAAGCAGUGGAGAAAUACGAGUAUCAGGUUUACUCGACUAUGAGAAAACUAAGCAGUUUCAAAUUAAUGUAAUUGCCAAGGACAUAGGUGGCCUCUCAAAAUCUUGCAAAGUAGUAAUUGAAGUGAUAGAUGUGAAUGACAACCCCCCCGUUAUAGCAUUGACAUCUUUUUCCAAUACCAUCCCCGAGGACUCUCCCCAGGGGACAACUGUCGCCAUUGUUAACGUGAAAGACUUGGACUCUGGACAAAAUGGUAAUGUUAAUUGUUCCAUCGACCAUUCUCUUCCCUUUAAGAUAAAAUCUUCAUUAGCGAACUAUUACACUUUACUAACAAACAGUGUUUUAGACCGUGAGGUUGUGUCUGAGUAUAACGUCACAGUGACAGCGGUGGACAAUGGUCUUCCCUCAUUACGUCACAAUAAGACCCUUCGCAUAAGAAUCUCUGAUGUGAACGACAAUGUGCCAGUGUUCGAUAAAAGCGAGUACACAGCUCGGAUAUUUGAAAACAACUCCCCAGGUGUGUCAAUUGGUUUGGUCCACGCCAAAGAUGAAGACUGGGGCCAGAAUGCCGGAGUCUCCUAUUUCUUGGAGGAAUCGCAAGUGGGAGGAAAUUCUAUUGCAUCUUUAAUAUCGAUUAAUUCUGUAACAGGAUUGAUUUAUGCAGUGAGAUCCUUUGAUUACGAACAAAUCAAAGCUUUUGAAUUCCAGGUUAAAGCGCAAGAUGGAGGCUCCCCUUCACUUAACAGUAACGUGACUAUAAAGUUAAUAAUUCAAGAUCAGAAUGACAACACUCCUCAGGUUCUCUACCCAGUACCGACGAGCUCUCUGGUUGCUGAAAUGGUGCCUCGUUCAGCAGAUGUGGGCUAUCUUGUCACUAAAGUGGUGGCUGUUGAUAUGGACUCUGGACAGAAUGCAUGGCUCUCAUAUAAACUGCAGAAAGCGACAGACAGGCCGCUGUUUGAAGUAGGUCUACAGAAUGGAGAAAUAAGAACUGUACGCCAGGUCAACGAUAAAGAUGUUGUGAAACAAAAGCUCACUGUUGUAGUGGCGGACAACGGGGAGCCCUCUCGAUCAGCUACAGUCAAUAUGAACGUGGCAGUGGCGAACAGCUUCCCCGAAGUGAUCUCAGAAUUCACUGACUUUACGCAUGACACGGAUUACAGUGACAACCUGACAUUUUAUCUAGUUUUGGCCUUGGCUGUGGUCUCUUUCCUCUUCAUCUCGUGUGUAUUAGUUAUAAUAUCAGUUAAGAUCUACAGGUGGAGACAAUCACGUAACUUCCAUUCCAAUCUCCCAGUGAUUCCAUAUUAUCCACCCCGUUACUCAGACGCCGGAGGGACAGGGACUCUGCAGCAGGUGUACAACUAUGAGGUGUGCAUGACUACUGACACAAGGAAGAGUGACUGUAAAUUCGCCAGACCUUUUAGUCAGAACGUUUUAAUAAUGGGCCCGAGCUCUACUAUGACCAGAGGCCAUGCGACCUUGCAACCUUCUCAGAAUGAGAAAAGCUUUCUGGAUGACCCGGAUUCUCCUGAGCAGGUGAGACGCUGA